AUGGGUGGAGCUCCGUCGGUCCCAACGGACCCGUCUCGGCGGAUCCAGGUUAUCGGAGCCGGCUACUCCCGGACGGGGACGGUUUCCAUGCAACUAGCCCUGGAAAAACUCCUCAACGGUCCCGUCAUGCAUGGAGGCACACAGAUUCUCCACCGUGAAGAUGCGUACCUGAAAAAAUGGGCUCAAGCAUAUGAGUUCAAGCGCAAGGGCGACAAGGCCCGUCUUCACAAACUACUGGAAGAGAUCUUCGCCGGCUUCGUGGGCUGCACCGACAUGCCUCCUAUCGACUUUGUUCCCGACUUGCUCGAGGUCUAUCCGGACGCCAAAGUCGUGCUCACAACACGAGAUCCCGAGAAAUGGGCCAAAAGUAUCCGUCCAGUUGCAAACAAUGCGUCCUUAUGGUGGCUCCCGUAUCUAAUGUGGCCGGUGCCCGGCUGGAGGUGGUUUCCCACCCUCAUUAGAGAGUUUUCGAAUUCGAGCAUCGCGAUUAAGGAUCUCGACGACACCCAGACGGACCCGUAUCUUGCACUGCUUUCCAAUUGGAAUCGCAUCAUUCAAGAGAUGGUGCCAGCAGACAGACUACUUAUCAUGGAACUCAAGGAUGGGUGGGAGCCUUUGUGCAAGUUCUUGAAUGUACCAGUUCCGAAUGAGCCACUGCCAAGAGCCAAUGAUUCAGCCGCGGCGGAGAAGGCAGCUCUCGAUGUGAUCCGCAAGUUGAUGGGAAUAUGGAGCGGAAUAUUCGGGACAUUUGGCGUUCUCUCCUUUGCAGCCUGGAAACUACGGAAGACCAGAUAG